AUGGCUGAUGCCAUCAAGAAACUAAAGCCCUCGAAGCUUGAUGCAGUUGUAAGCUGGCCGAUGCAUCGGCUACAAGUGCUCUAUCCAAAUCCAGAUGAGCCAUCAAAGCCGUCAAACAAAUUCGCGUUUGAGUAUGUAUCAUCAGAUACUAACCAAAGUCAAGCACUGCGGCAGUUGCUCGUAAACAAUCGAGCAUAUCAUGCCAUCAUGGCAACCCUUGGCAAGGGGUUUUCUGACCUGGACGCGACGGUGAAAGGUACCCACCGUGGCCCCAGGGCUACCCAGACCUCAGAGACGAACAAGCCUCUCCAUUCCUUUGGAUCCACGACUAAGCUGAUACCGGUCAAGGGCCAAUCGCUUCCUCUACAGCAGGGGGCAAUUAUCACAUCAUUUUUCUGUGACCAAGGCGACGAGCGUCGGCGGUCACUUCGAGUCUUGCUCAAAAUUGUCAUUCAACAGGUCAUCGAUGUGAGCCAGAAUCUGGCCGUUUAUCUCCUCACGGAUUCGAAGAAGGGAGGGAAAGCAGCAACGCAAGAGCUAGAUAUUGAGUCCCUUUCCAAAGUCCCCACUUUGUGGGAUGCGCUUCAAGCCAUGGCCAGAGAUCUUCCUUCUGGGUGGUUAUACAUCGUCGUGUAUGGUCUUGAGCGGCUUUCCAAGGAAUCGAUGGCUAAGUUCUUUGAGCUCCUCAAAUCUCUCAAUUCAGGUGAUGAUGCAUCUGAUGACGCGCCUAUCAAAUGGCUCUUUCUCAGUCGAUCAGGACACCCCGAAAUCGAGAAAGCAUUGAGGUCGAAAGCGCUUGAGAUUAACAUCGACGACUCCGAGAACGCUGCCCACCUCAGUGAUGCCUUACGAGCUGACAUCUCCGCGAGAAUUAAUGAGCUUGGGCUUCCGGCUCCAUUGGAUUACUUCUCCAAACGACAAAUCCACUCCCGCGCCGAAUAUAAUUCCAUCUAUGUGAGCCUGGUGAUACAGGAACUGAAGAAUGUUCAAGAGACUGGCAUGACGUCUACCGAGAUCCGCGCCUUGUUAGAGUCCUUCCCAUAUGGUUUAACGGAAAUGUUCGAGCAUAUCCGAAAGAGACUAACAAGAAAGGUCCUACAACCGGGUUCUGGGGGCAUUGACUACACGAAAGAAAUCCUAUGCUAUCUCAUUCUUGCUCUACGUGCUCCAGCGAUGCGAGAAUUGGCCAUUAUGGCGGACCUUCCUGCAGAGGAUCGCGAUGACCUGGAAAGACUGAAAGGCUACAUUCGACAAUGCGGUGCAUUCGUUACCUUGCGUGGGAGCGAGCUUAAUGAAAACAAUGCCGUACAAUGUGUGGGCUUCGCGGCGAAGGAACAUUUGGAAAAAUUUGCGAAAAAUGAUCUAGCUCUUGAUCUAGCAGACAUGCAAAAAAGGAAUCAUUGCGCUUCACGUGCUAAAGAAGAGGAGAGGGAGGAAGAAGAGGUAAGAAGCGAAGCUGGCGAUCAAGAGGUACUCCCUGUCGAUACCGAUGCACCUCCACAAAAUGAACCCCUCUCUCCGCUACCACCCCCAUCUGAGGCUCCUUCAGGAACAACGCAAGAUCGUGAUGAGCCUCGCGAUGAGAGUAGUUCACUACCGCCAGACAGAGAUCAGCCCCCGGACGAAAACCCGGUUCUUAGUCCAAAGGACGCUCUACAGUACCCUAUUCAUUACUGGAUCGAACAUGCUAAGCGUGCGCCAGAAGAUGUCAUCGAAGAGUUUUGUACGAGUCACAGGCAGUCGACGCAGUAUGGUGAGAGUCAGGGCAGUCAAAACAGUUUGGGAUAUCAGCCGUAUAGUACCCCGAACUCGUCAUAUGGAUCGGGGUUUAAGGGGCAGUAGGGACAG